AUGCUCCGCAUAGCCAUCAUAGACGACUACCACGGCCUGGCGCUCGAGCACCUGCCCGAGUCGCUCCUGUCGCCGUCCAAUGACCUCUCCGUGACCAUCUUCGAGGACCCCAUGCCGCCCGAGUCCAACACGCUCGACCACCUCGUGCACCGCCUGAGCGACUUUGAUGUCAUCUCGACGAUGCGCGAGCGCACACACUUUUUCGCGCCGCUGCUGUACCGCCUGCCGCGGCUCAAGGUCCUGCUCACGACGGGCAACUACAACCGCGCCAUCGACACGGUCGUGUGUCGUGCGCGCGGCAUCGUCGUGGCCGGCACGCCGCCCCCGCCCAUCCGUAAUGGCGGGACGGUGCAGCAUACAUGGGCGCUGAUCCUCGCGCUGGCGGACAACAUUCCGCGCGACCACGACCUCAUCACGCGCGACGCUGUGGGGUGGAGCACGGCGUCCCCGCUCAACACGUACCUCACAGGCAAGACGCUGGCGGUGCUCGGGCUCGGCAAGCUGGGGCGCGUGGUGGCGCGCAUCGGGCUGCUCGCGUUUGGCAUGGACGUCAUUGCCUGGUCGGCAAACCUCACGCAGGAGGUUGCCGACGCAGCGGCCACCGACAUGGGCCUCGGGCCGGGCGCGUUCCGCUACGUGUCCAAGGACGAGCUGUUCAGGCGCGCCGACGUGCUCAGCAUCCACCUCGUGCUCUCGGCGCGGUCGGCGGGCAUCGUGUCCGCGGCUGACCUGGCCAAGAUGAAGCCCUCGGCGCUGCUGUGCAACACGUCCCGCGGACCGCUCGUCGACGAGGCGGCGCUCCUGCAAGUCUUGGAGCGCGGGGACAUCCGCGGCGCCGCGCUGGACGUGUUCAACGUCGAACCCCUGCCGGCCUCGAGCCCGUGGCGCACGACGCGGUGGGGCCAGGACGGCCGCGCACAGGUCAUCCUCACCCCGCACACGGGGUACGCGUUCGAGGAGAUGAUGGGCUGGAUGUGGGAGCACACGGCCGAAAACCUCCAGCGCGUGGUGGACGGCCUCGAGCCCAAGUGGCGGAUCGACGAGGACGGCGCGACCGCAGCGGCCGUCGCGCAGGACGAGGACGUGCCCCCCGCCGAUCCUGGUGUCAGCAGUGGCCAAGGGGACGGGGUGUGUGACGUCUGCGAUGUCACCCACCCUGCUCGGUCAACUAGCCGACUGGAGUUGCGAUAA